AUGCCCCUCUCCGAAGCCGACCGCCGCAUCCGCUGGAUCCAAGUCAUCUGCUGGAUCCCAGCGAUCGCUCUCCUAGUACCAAGUGCCGUUACAGCCCACCACGGCUAUUUCGCCAUGCCUAUGAUACCCAUGUCCUGGUCUCUAAUCCACGGCUUGAUCCAAAUCUUCAAGAACCCUAAGAACCAACGGGUCAACAUCGCGCUGGAUUUGUUUCUCGCCGUCGCCCUCAUGUCAUUCUUGAUCCCGUACUGGAUCGGCAACGCCACAGGCUGGGGCUACGGACGUGAAGUUCCCCGCCGAGACCUCCGUCUCCUCUGGGACAUCAGCGGGAGCAGCUCGUCCGUGCACUCGCACGAGACCAAGCAGAACUACUCCCGCUUGCCUGCUGCUGAAGCCGGACAGGCGGGUGGGGAGUACACGGAUGGGGAGAGGGUUGAGGUGAGGCAGGAGGAGGAGGCGGACGAGGGGACGCCGAGGGCGAGUGUUGACGAUGAGAAUGCGCGACUGUUGUAG